CAAUUCGCUAUAGAUUCCUUGUUCCUCACUUCGCAGCACGAGCCCCUCUGACCAUCAAGAUCAGAAAAACUUCUCAGCUGCAAGUUAGAAUUGGACUGGCCAUUGAGAAGGCUCUCAGCAGAGUCGCUUUUCACAGAAGUCUUGACGAACGCGGUGUGGAAUCUGCAGCGAGGAAUCCUGGAGCGCAGAGAAACCCGCAGCUUUGAAGGUCUUGCCGCGGUGCGUGGCGGGCAGGAACCCACAAUUCCAGAUACAAACGGUCGGCGCGAGAAGCGUGUCUGGGCGCAGGCGCCUGGCUGUAGCAACUCGUUGCGGGAGGCUGGACUCUGGUGACUGUCAAUGGUUGCAUACGCUCCCUCCUCCUGUCCCUGUCGUGCUGGGCCUUUGAAACCGGCUUCUUUGCUGGUGGCUGCUGGAAGCAUCAAGUGCACCUGAUUUGUGAACCUAUCUUGCUUCAGUUGGUUUCCUCCUAAAUAGGCAGAUGGGAUUGGCCUGUCUCUGCUCUGCUAGGUGAAAAAUUAGACUAUUUCAAGAGUUAGAGCUGAAUCCGAUGUUACAUAAUGGCAACAGGUGACUUAAAAAGAAGCUUACGGAACCUAGAACAGGUGCUCCGCUUGCUAAAUUAUCCUGAAGAGGUGGACUGUGUAGGUUUGAUAAAGGGAGACCCGGCAGCAUCUUUACCCAUCAUCAGCUAUUCUUUUACCUCAUACUCACCUUAUGUAACAGAACUUAUAAUGGAAUCCAAUGUAGAGCUCAUAGCAAAAAAUGACUUGCGCUUUAUAGAUGCUGUCUAUAAGCUCCUUCGUGAUCAAUUUAAUUAUAAACCAAUUUUGACAAAAAAGCAGUUUAUCCAAUGUGGGUUUGCAGAAUGGAAAAUCCAAAUUGUUUGUGAUAUUUUGAAUUGUGUGAUGAAAAAGCACAAGGAAUUAAGUAGUCUUCAGAAGAUUCCAUCACAACAAAGAAAGAAAAUCAGUUCUGGCAAGUCAGAACCUUCUUUGAGCAAUGAGAAAAUAUCUGCAGAGGCUGUUGGCGUUGAUACCAGUGGCAGAUUUGUGACUUCAGGAAAGAAGAAAGCUGUGGUGAUUCGUCACUUGUAUAAUGAAGAUAAUGUUGAAAUUUCUGAGGAUACAUUAAGUCCAAUAACAGAUGUUAAUGAAGCAGUUGAUGUAUCUGACUUAAAUGCUACUGAAAUAAAGAUGCCUGAAGUAAAGGUUCCUGAAAUCAAGGCUGAGCAACAGGAUAUAAAUGUUAAUCCUGAGAUUACUGCACUACAGACUCUGCUUGCUGAAUGCCAAGAAAAGCUUAAGGAGCUGACUUUGAUAGAGAAAAGGUUAGACUGUUUAGAACAAAAAAUGAAAGGAAAUGUGAUGGUAGAUGAAAACACCUGGACUAAUCUGCUCAGUCGUGUCACUCUUCUUGAAACAGAAAUGCUUUUGUCUAAAAAGAAUGAUGAAUAUGUAGAGUUUAAUGAAAUUAAUGAAGACUGCGCUUCUUGUAGCAACAUGGACCUUCUGAAUCCUCACAGAAAAAACAAAGUAGGGAGGCCAGCAAGUAUUCCUCUGUCCUCUGGUUAUAGUACGGCAUCAUCAGAUUCAACUCCCAGAGCCUCUACCAUUAAUUACUGUGGUUUGAAUGAGAUUUCAGAGGAAACAACAAUCCAGAAAAUGGAAAGGAUGAAAAAAAUGUUUGAAGAAACUGCAGAGUUAUUGAAAUGUCCAAAUCACUACUUGUAGGAUUUUCUACAUGAACUUUUCUAGGACUUCGGUUACUAUACAUAUUGUAUAUUUUAAGAAUUCUUUAUACAAUUUAAAUAUACUGCUAUUUUUGACAAUUUGGAUUCCAUUUGGUAUAUGAAUUUUUGCAUUCAUUAUUGAAUAAAUCUUUUAAUAUUUUUGAGCAAUGAUUAUACUGCUUUACCUUGUGUCACUUUUUUUUUUUAAGGAAAAACUCAUGUUCCAGUCUAUUUCUCUUACAGAGUGAAGUCAUUACAGCACUGUAUUUCUGUGUUGACAUUUGUUGGCAGUGUGCUAAGUAAUGUUUUUUAAAGCACAGGCUUGAGGACUAUGGUUUACAUCCUGUUGGAAACAUUCCAAAUGGGACUUGUGUAUUAUACCCAGGAGGCUUUCAUAUAUGCCAUCUUCGCAUCUGUACUGAUGAAUAAAUUAUAAUAAACAGUUAAAAAUACUCAUUGAAAAUUAAAUAUAAAGACAGCUAUUUCA